GACAGUAUAUCAGUUCCUCUACAGAACUGAAUACUUUGUGGUUUGCGGCUGCGCACAAAGUAGUUCUACCGUCAAACCCGGAUGAAACCAACGCCUAACUUGUCGGUAGAAAAACGAUGCAGACUAUAAAAUGUGUAGUUGUAGGGGACGGUGCAGUUGGAAAAACCUGCUUGUUGAUCUCCUACACAACCAACAAGUUCCCCUCAGAAUAUGUGCCCACAGUUUUUGACAAUUAUGCUGUGACGGUGAUGAUUGGGGGGGAGCCCUACACGCUGGGCCUCUUCGAUACCGCAGGUCAGGAGGAUUACGACAGGCUGCGUCCUCUCAGCUACCCACAAACAGAUGUUUUCCUCGUAUGUUUCUCGGUUGUCUCCCCGUCGUCGUUUGAAAACGUCAAAGAAAAGUGGGUUCCGGAGAUUUCUCACCACUGUCCAAGCACACCUUUCCUGUUGGUGGGAACGCAAGUAGACCUGCGGGAAGACAGCAACACCGUGGAGAAGCUGGCUAAAAACAAACAGCGCCCCCUGUUCCCUGAGAGCGGGGAGAAGCUGGCUCGGGAGCUCAAAGCUGUCAAAUACGUGGAGUGCUCUGCGCUCACGCAGCGAGGGCUGAAGAACGUGUUUGACGAGGCCAUACUGGCGGCGCUAGAACCUCCGGAGAUCAAAACGAAGAGGAAAUGUGUUCUCCUAUAAAGAAACGACGAGGCGAAAUCGCAGGGAAAAUUCAACUGAGACAUCCAUUUGGUAGGAAGGAAAUAUGGACACACCAGAGGGGGGGGGAAGAACGGCGCCAUAGAGAUUUUAUUUUAUUAUUUUUUUUCGAACACGAGCUCGAUGAUUGUACCUUCUGAAAUUGGAAAGUAUUGCCUCCAACAUGCAAUAUUUAUCCUUUACUGAAAGCUUUUAGAAACUACUGUAUUCUCCUUCUGUAUUCAGGUGUCCCCUCUCCCUUUUGCCUUUACUGCUUACUGUAACGAUUCUAUGCUGCAUUUUAUGUGUUAAAGGAGAUAUUCUUUUAUAAAGUUCCUCAUUGUGCUUUACUUAAGCAACAUGGUAAGACGUUAAAGAGGCACUGAAAAGUGAAGUGGUACUUUUUAGUUUCUUUUUUUUUUUCUGCCCUUAUUGAAUUAGCUAAUGAAAAGCCAAAGGAUUUAUUGUCAAUCCAAACAAAUCUGUCAUGUUUUCCUCUCUCAAAGUUAAGUAAAUUCCUGUUGGGGGUUUUUAUAUCCGAGUCCUGGGAAAUCUCCGUAGUCUUUUUUUGAUUUUAAACUUGAAUUUAUUUUGUCCUGUUGAUUUUUUUAAUUUGCUAGAUGACCAACAAUGAUUUGAUUGAUGUUUGAAAAAAAUUAAGGUGUAAUAUUUUUGAUAAAAUUCAGCCUUGAUAUAAGGUGAUAAAUCUUUUUAGAAAUGUUCAGGGUUUAAGAAAUCAGAGGAUAUUUUUAAUAAAAUCAUUUUUUUAAUUAAAAGUGAAAAGGA